UGUUAGUCUUGUGAUGAAUUUAUAGGUUCACCUGACUUUUUCAGAUAACCAUAUGAUAAUGAAUAGGGGGUUUUAAAGUGCAACUAUCUAUAAUUUCUCUCAUUAUGUGAACAAAAAGUAACGCUCAGGAUGUCCUGCUUCAUCUUCGCCCACCUUCUGACCCUCCUGGCUGUCUCCCAGGCCUGGCCACAAGCCUCCCCACUGUCCCAGGACAUGGUCAACAUCAUCAACAAGGCCAAUUCCACAUGGACGGCCAAGCUAAAAUUUGAAAAUGUGGAAUACACAUACAUCAAGUCACUCUGCGGAACCAUACUGAAGGGACCCAAACUUCCUGACAUGGUGAGAUUUGAAGAAUUCAGCUUGCCAGAUAGUUUCGACUCCAGAGAUCAGUGGCCUAACUGCCACACUAUCAGUCAGAUCCGUGACCAGGGCUCCUGUGGGUCGUGCUGGGCCUUUGGUGCCGUCGAGGCUAUGUCGGACCGAUUCUGUAUCCAAAGCAGUGGCAAGGUCUCCUUGGAGGUCUCCGCAGAGGACCUGCUCUCAUGCUGUGAUGAGUGUGGGAUGGGUUGUUAUGGAGGUUUCCCAGCUGCAGCAUGGGACUUCUGGACAAAAAAUGGCCUUGUGACAGGAGGACUCUAUAACUCUAAUGUUGGCUGCAGACCCUACACAAUUGCUCCAUGUGAGCACCAUGUCAAUGGCACCCGGCCCCCAUGUUCAGGUGAAGAGGACACCCCGGACUGUGUGAAACAGUGCACUGAGGGCUACUCUCCCUCCUAUGCUGAAGACAGACACUUUGGCCAGCGCUCAUAUAGCAUUCCCUCUGACCCCCAGCAGAUCAUGGCUGAGAUAUACAAAAAUGGCCCAGUUGAAGCAGCCUUCUCCGUCUAUGAGGACUUCCUACUUUACAAGACAGGCGUGUACCAGCAUGUGACAGGUGGAUUCCUGGGUGGACAUGCCAUCAAGAUCCUUGGCUGGGGAGAGGAGAAUGGCACCCCCUAUUGGUUGGCUGCUAACUCCUGGAACACUGACUGGGGAGACAACGGGUACUUUAAGAUCCUGAGAGGAAAGAAUCACUGUGGCAUUGAGGGUGAAAUGGUUGCUGGCCUUCCCAAACUAUAAGAGGAAACUACUGGUGGACCUGGACAAUAUGCUCCCUGCAAAAACCUGCUCUCCUGCUCCUUCUGCCACAUACAAAUGAUCUUGAUCAAAACGUUAGACAAAUCUGAACAAUUUAACUGUACAACAGGUUAGACCUAACUGUACCCCACUCCUAAGUUACUUUACAAGGAUUGUUGUAUUUUUUAAGUUCUUUCCUAAGAUUCCAGUUGUUCAAUUUAUAUGAUAUUAGAAAAUACAGUAUUCAGUAUGAUACAACCUUUUUACAGGAAAUAAGAUCCUUUAAAUUACCUUUAAAUCUAGAUUAUGUUAAUGAAGUGUACAUAUUCACUUUGAACAAGUGUCUAGUUACAUGAUG